UCCAGGCACUUUGCAAAGGGGUGGACGGCUAUAAAAUCACAACACCCUGAUGAAUUCACUUUUGUUUUCGUUCGAAGCUCAACCGAUCUAGAUAAAGCGUGGAGUCGCGCAGCAGCAGAUAGACAACAGAAGGAAUCGGAGCCUUUUUCGGGAAGAAGCGCAACGCACAGUGAGUCAAAAAGAUGAAGCUGCUGCUGCUAGUGGUGGCGUCCUUGGUCGCCGUAUGCCUUGCCGAGCCAAAGCCUGCCAUCAAUGAGGUCAAGUCAAAUCAGCCCGUGCAGAAGCCGGGUCGCUUCUUGUCACUACCCGUACCCGAGAAAUGUGCAUCGCGACCCAAACAGUUCAGCUACCGUGGACAUAACUACUUCUACAGCGCCCACGUUCCGGCGCUUGCUGACAAACGAGUGGACUGGCUAGAUGGUCGUAACAUCUGCCGCGAGUACUGCAUGGAUCUCGUUUCGCUAGAGACGCAAGAAGAGAACAACCUGAUCUUCCGAUUGAUUCAGCAGAACGAUGUGCCAUACAUCUGGACUGCCGGACGGCUGUGUGAUUUCAAGGGCUGCGAGGGUCGCCCGGACCUGGAACCAAAGAACAUCUACGGCUGGUUCUGGUCGAACAACCGUGAGAAGAUUCACCCGACCAACCAGAUCCCGAACGGCUGGGGCUACAACCCGUGGAGCAAAUCGGGACACAAGAAGAUCCCGCAACCGGACAAUGCCGAGUUCGACAUCAACCAGACGACCGAGUCCUGCCUGUCGAUCCUGAACAACGUGUACAACGACGGUAUCGGCUGGCACGAUGUUGCCUGCUACCACGAGAAGCCGGUCGUGUGCGAGGAUUCCGAGGAGCUGCUGAACUACGUGCUCGCCACCAACCCGGGCAUCCGCCUGUAGGAUGGUAGAGCAGUGCGGAUGGUGCUCGACGUGGAAGCGCAUUAGAACUGCCUGGUGAAUGGUGAAACUGCCUCGAAGCGGCACCGCGAACUCGAGGAACCAAAUGUCCUUCUUCCUUUUGCCUUCUUUAAUUCCAAUUUUAGUUUUGCUACUAUACUGCUCAUUCCGAAAAGACGUAGUACGUUUCCUCAUUUCAUUUAGUAGAUGAAUUUUGCAGAAAACAUCCAGUGCAGUAUGUUUGUCCCAUUGAUAGAAUGAGGGAAUGGUUGAUAAAAAAAAACAAUAUGAAUUCAAACGAUCAAGGACCGGUCACCGUCCAUCCAAGCCAUCCUUUUGUUGGAAGCGUGCCUUCUUCUUUCAUUUGAACGUCGCUUUCUUUCAUCAGUUUAUCGAUUUUGUGUAAAGAACUAAACAAACAAACUAAUCAAUACAAAAGUAAAACACAGUCCACACAUACACAUGUACACACACAAACGCGCACACUGGAACACAUGUAAAAUGUUUUCUAAAUGUAUAUUUAUUGAAUAAAUAGACUUUUUAAGAAAUAA